UGAAGUGCUGGCUGUUGGUAUUGCGGAAGGAACCCUGGCAUCCCUGGCCUCUAAUUCCGGUGGCUACGUAGGUUUUAACUUAUGAAAUCUGUUGGAAGCGGUGGUUUGCUCAUCCUCAAGUACUUAGUCUCUCUUGACUGGUAGGGUGGCUCAGGGUUCUCAAACCUUCGGAGCGGGGCGGCAGGGGCGUGUGGGAAUACUUCCGUGCACCCUCACCGCUCAGGGCCUUAACCAAACACUCGAUUUUAGUACCCGGCCUGCCGACGGCGCCAGGACCUUUUUGAUAAUAUUCGCGAGUAUUGACAGGGAAAACUGACGUAGUAGAAGCCGUGCUGCCGAUUCAGUACAUAUACUUUAAAGACGAUUCAGAAAAUUGUUUAAUUAAAACCGUGUACUUUUUUGAUUGCGAUUUUUCUUACUACAUGAAUUAGGGCCGGACAUCUAAUCAACAUACUGUAUUGGGAUUUCCGAGCCCAAUGGCGACAAGGGAGCCAGGAGAUGUCGUAGCACAGUCCACCCUUCCCACUUCAGCCAGUCACAGCAAGGAAGCGCCUGAAAAACCGAACUAUGCCCUCAAACUUACUCUCGUGGGGCAUACAGCAGCAGUAUCAUCGGUUAAGUUUAGUCCUAAUGGAGAAUGGCUAGCAAGUUCUUCUGCUGAUAAAUUAAUUAUAAUUUGGGGAGCAUAUGAUGGAAAAUAUGAGAAAACACUAUAUGGACACAAUCUAGUAUCAGAUAUUGCCUGGUCAUCAGAUUCCAGUCUUCUUGUUUCUGCCUCCGAUGAUAAAACUUUGAAGAUAUGGGAUGUAAGGUCUGGAAAAUGUUUGAGAACAUUGAAGGGACACAGGAACUAUGUCUUUUGCUGUAAUUUCAAUCCACUAUCCAACCUCAUCAUUUCAGGAUCCUUCGAUGAGAGUGUGAAAAUAUGGGAGGUGAAAACAGGAAGGUGCCUCAAGACUUUGUUCUGCUCACUCUGACCCAAUUUCUGCUGUUCAUUUAAUUGUAAUGGGUCUUUGAUAGUAUCAGGUAGUUAUGACGGUCUCUGUAGAAUCUGGGAUGCUGCCUCAGCGUGUUUAAAAACACUUGCUGAUGAUGAUAACCCUCCUGUCUCUUUUGUAAAAUUUUCUCCAAAUGGUAAAUAUAUUCUCACUGCAACUUUGGACAAUACUCUUAAACUGUGGGAUUACAGUAGAGGCAGAUGCCUGAAGACAUACACUGGUCAUAAGAAUGAGAAAUACUGCAUAUUUGCCAGUUUUUCAGUUACUGGUGGAAAGUGGAUUGUGUCUGGUUCAGAGGAUAACCUGGUUUACAUUUGGAACCUUCAAACUAAAGAGAUUGUACAGAAAUUACAAGGUCAUACAGAUGUCGUGAUCUCAGCAGCUUGUCAUCCUACAGAAAACAUCAUUGCAUCAGCAGCAUUAGAAAAUGACAAAACAAUUAAACUGUGGAUGAGUAACUGCUAAAGCCAGGUAUGCUACAUUGAAUGGCAGGACCUCCACCUCAUUAUUAGGUUGUGCCAUCUUGUGAUGGCAAUGUGUGCUACAUUGAAUGGCGAGACUGCUCUCCUUCAGGAUGUUACCUAACUUCUAUAUACUUCGGACUCAUUGUACGUAAGUCACUUCUUGUGCCAUCACUGCCUGCCUCCCUCUAGGCUCAGUGGACAGCUGAAUUAGAUUUUCUUCUUUCUAUACAGUUCCUGAUAUAAAACUCAAAAAUAAUAUUUGCCAAUGUGUCAUAAUGUUUUCAUGGGCCAUGUUUUUAGCAGAUAUGAGUUCUGUGGGAUCAGGAAGUUUCGAUCCCACAGAGCUCAUUAUUCACCUUUGUAUUCUGUUUGAUGAAUGACAGUGUGAUACCACAACACCCUUUAUUCCUUGCCUGCUUUCAAUAAAUUUUAGUAAUAAAAUCUAAAAUAAAAAUAUAACGUAGAAAUAAAAAAUACAACGUAGAAAAUAGUUUCUACCAUGGAGACAUGAUAAACAUACAAAAAAAAUCUAAAAAAUUAAUACAACAGUAAUUUUAACUGAAAGCAACAAGGGCAAAACUAUCUUAUAUUUUAUAGCACCUCAUAGUGCUCAUUAAAUUGUAUUUGACAAAUUCUGAGGAAUAUAUAUAUAUAGUGACUAGAAUGGUAAAUUACAAGUCGAGUAUUAGUGUAAGAGGUUGGUAUAUGAGGAUACUGGAAAAAGUAGUGUGUAUUAGAGGCAGUUCUGAAAUUGUGGCUAAGAAAUUUAUAUUUAACCCUUAAAGAGAUAGUCAUAGUAUGUUAUCACGUAGAGAAUAACAAUGAGAAAUGGUUGUGUGAAUUCUUGGUGCAUGGCAAUAAUUAUCAGCCUUUAGUUAAGUGAGACAUUUUUAUUAAACCUACAAGAAUCACACUUAAAUGCUCUUCAACAGUUAAAAAUAGUUUCUAUGAUGAAAAGUUAACUGUUUUUAAAAGAAAUACUGUUAAAAUCUACCCAAAUUUAAAACAUUUGGUUUAGGGGGUCCCAAAAUAAUCAAGAAAAAUUAAUCUUUUAAAAUAUAUGAGAAACAAUAAUGCUUUUUGAUAAUAACUUUGCAAGUGGAUACCUAAAAGGAAGCUAAGGUCAAAUUACUCUAGAAUAAAGUAUAUAAACAGACAUCAUUAUCAACAUUAUGAAGCUAUCAUGUAUUAGAUUUUAUUGAGUAUUUUAUUAAAGUUCCCAAACAGCAGCAUAUAUCACUUUUUAAUUUCUGUUAUAACUGAGGAGAAUUAGUAUAUUGGGAUGAAAUAUAAUGACUUAUCCAUUAAUAUAAUGAGGCAUGUGACAAUAAAUUAAGUAGUUAUAAUAGAAACCAGUACCCAUAUCUGAGACAACGUGGCAUCCCAAAGUCAAAGUGAUAUGUAUGCUAGGUGCACAUGUUCAUCUUUCAACACUAAUGAGAAAAUGCAUGAGAUUUUCAUAUUUGAGGAAUUUAGUUUCUCAGGCAGCAGGAAAGGGACCAAUUGGGAACCAUCAUCCAUGGAGCUAGGAGGUGACUGUUCUGGCCUCCAGCAAAUCCAUGAUGAUAGAAUUUCUAAGUCCCCACAAACUCCUGGCCAGAUCACUCUCAUCACCUUGCCAGGACAUUUUCAAAUAAUGUUCUUCAAAUGAACCCCAUCUGCCAGAUGCCCAAGAUACAGUGAAGUCUGGCUGCUUCUCAGGGCUCUUUCAGGAGCCAGCCUCCCCAAAGCACCAUGGCAUUGUAGUGACCUGGGCAAUAUAGUCAACUAUCUUCCUUACCCUUUAGAAUUAAGUACCAGAAGAAGAAAUAGAGAACUAAAAGCUAUUUUGGCCUCUGGAGAGAUGUCACUUUGGUAAUGGGAACAAAAGUAAGAUAGAUUCCUGAUUCUCUAAGAGUUAAUAUUAUUGAAAUAAGUUCUCUCAUUUUUAAAUUUUCUCCAAAAAGCUGGGAGGCUGCAUUUUACUUGGAUUAAAGCCAUAAAACAUAGACAAGUUUUUAAGAAAAUUUAUUUGUACAUCUACAGCAGAAAACAGGGAAACAGUUUAAGUUUGUGCAAAUCACAGUGAUGAAGUGGAGCUUCACCACAUCCUUUUAAAUACAGGCUUGCUGCAACAUUAUUCCUGGAUUUUCAAAAUCCAGCCAGCACGGAUGCUUCUCUGCUACUCUGUUUUAGCCUUCAUAGCUGCUUCCUCUCUGAGACGAGCUUUCUUUUCUAAGUUCAAGCUUGUUAAAGACUCAUUUCUUUUGGCAGCCUAAAAUGAAGUAAAUUCGAACAGGUGAUUAUGCCAGGCUGAAGAGGCAUCAUUACCUUCCACUAAGGACAGCAGGGUCCUCCACAUGCCUUCUACAUCAUCUAAUGCUCUGGACUACAGUAGCCUCCCCAAGCACAAGAUUAGUGCACACCUCUCCCUUUCUGGCCUCUUUCUGUAAAUUUGCAGCUUUUCCUUAUUCCUUUUAUUCCCUUAUUUUUCCUUUUAUUUCCUCCCUUUCCUCCCUCUUCUCUUUGAUAUUAAAUACCUUCUCAUUUCCAUUUCAUUUUUUCUUCUUUCACAUUUCUCCUUCCCAACUCAUUUGCAUACUUUCAUACUCUUCUAGCUCCUUACUGAAGCUAGCUUACAUAAACAGAUCAGUUUCAAAAUCUGUAUACCAAAUAAGUGAAACUAAGCAUCCAUACAAGCUGGUAUUAUAUCAUCUGUAAACAAUUAGGUAUGGGGAGGGGGAAGAGAAUGGGAAUGAAUAGGAAGUUGAUGGGAAUAGGACAAAACACAAAGUAGUUAAUUUUGCUCUUUUAGUCACAUUAAGUUGAAAAGUCCUCCAUUCCAGUAGCAUUUAACAACUUUUGGAAAUGGAAAUUCUAUAAAAGAUAAAUGUACCAUUUUAUGUAACAGAACGUGAGAGGAACUCUCUAUAGCAUAUAUGCCUGGAUGAUGCUAAAAGAAAUCCCAGGGGAUAAUUUGCUUAGGCAGUAAACUCAAGUUUAUUAAUAAAUGCAAGUUUAAACAAAUAUACAAAAGCAAUGCAGAAUUCUGAAAAUCCACAUCUUGUUCAGAAGCUUCUGAAGGCUUCAACCUGAGAAGUCAAAGAUGAAGACAGGGAAGACUAAAGUGGGACAGCAUUGGUGUUUGUUUUCAAGAGAACUUGGCCUAUGUCAGCACUCUUGCCCUUUUGUGCUCCUAUGAGGGCAGCCUAAAAUGGUUAAUGUUUAUGUAACUACAAGACUCUAAAGAGAGCCAAAAGUUCAUUUCCUUUUACUCUGGAGUCACUGAGGAUAAGGAAAUAGUUAACAAUGGGUGUGUAGAGGAAUCUUUCUAAUAUCUAUUAUUAGUUAUAAGACAUCUCUUCCAAUAUGGAAGCUGUAACACAGAUCAGACAUUAAAAGAUAGGUUUGACCAGCACUACUGAAUAUAAAAAUGACUCCAUCUUAAUAACAAGGAUAACAUACCGGGAGGUGUGGUAACAUGCAAAUUUGGAUCUGAUUUUUUUACCUUGACAUUUAUUAGCUAUGUGAUUUUGGGAAAGUUAUUGACCAUCUCUCAGUUCAGGUUCCUCCUUUAUAAAAAACAGUAAUAAGAGAACUAUAUUUUAGGUUCUGAGGAUUAUUAUGGUGAUUAAAUAAGCUUAACAGUUUACCCUUCUACAUAGUAAGCACUCAAUAAAUGGGAAAAAUUUUACUGUAACCUUGAUUAGGUGGCUCUGUUAUUUGGGAGCUGGGUAGCCUUGGGUAAGUUACGAAAGCUUUUAAACUAGUUUCCCUAUCUAUAAAUGAGUACCUAUCUUACAGUGCUGUUGUGAGGUUCAGACGAGACAAUAAUAGAAAAGUACCCAGAAUGCAGUAAGUAUUCAAUUAGCAAUAGCUAUUAAUUUAUAAUCUGUAUCAGAACAAAGACUUCUAGAUUUUCAUUCCUAUGUGCUGCUUAGAAGCAGUGGUCCUCAGACAUAUGGCCAUGUUUGGCUGAACUUCAAAUAAAGAAUCAUGAUAAGAUGUUCACUGUGAUUAAGGCAGUUAUAGUGAGGAUAAAUAAGUCCAUAUACUGAUGGUGCUUUAUAAAUAUGCAGUGUUAUAAAAUGCCCCUGUCCUAUUUCUUGUUUCAUAUUAUUUAUAACAACUAUGAUAAACAACACUUUUUACACAAAAUAAUAUUUCUUCACCAUGCCAAAAUUAGGGCUUACCAUUUAUCCUGACAAUAACUCACGUUUGUCCCUACUAUGUCUUAUUUUGUUUCCUAUCAUUUCUAGCCUCUUCUUGGAUAGUAAACAGUAGAGGCAAUCCCUGCUUUCCUUCCUGGUCUUCUGUGGAGAGAACUGAGACACAGAGGGGAAUACUCUCACCUUCUUGCCCCUCGAUAAUCAUCAGGAUGCAUCCUGCCACUGUCAAGGCAAUCAUUAUAUAGCUAACCUUCACCCGGAUCUUGUUCUUUGCAGCAUCAAGCAUCUCAAACCUAAUAGUACAAUGUGAUCAAGAAAGAAUGUUAGUAACUUUUCUCUUUCUGAAGCUGCAGCAAGAUAUCAAGUUCUGUGUACCACAACUUAGAAGUGUAGUGUCUAUAAAUAUAAAAAGGAGACAGGAACUGGAGAUCCACAGUAUUUUGGGGAGGAUGAGCAAUUUUCACAACCAUUUAUGUGUUUAACAGCAAGAUGGCAAAAAUUUAAAGUACAAAAGAAGUAAGAAGACAAUAUGAAAGAGUGAGCCAGGAACAAAGCAAAAAAAAAAAAAAAAAAAAAACAGCAACAAAAACCCAGCAAGGCAUAUUAAACUACUUUUGCUAUGAUGGGCCCCAAUUUUGGCUCUCAGGUUUCUAGCAGCCAACACUAAAAAUGAAACUAUUAGCUAAUUAUCCCUAGGGUUCUUAAGAAGAAAAUAUGUGAUACAAUGACUGAAGAAUACCCUGAUAGCAGAUAUUGCUAUGAGCUUCCAACACAAAGUACAAUUCAGAAAUAAGACCAACAUGAGAGAGAGUCAAACAAUGUGCUCUAUAUAACCUGGCUUUUUUUGUCUUGAACCAGGAGUAGACUGGAGAAUAUCUAAGCCAGUAGAAAGAUCCUUUAAGUGAAAGUCCCUUAAUAUUUACCUUUUAACUAAAUAUUUAAAUAUUUACCUUUUAACUCAGUUUUACUAAAACUGAGUAAGUUUGUGCUCUUUGGCAAGUGCCUGGAGUACAGCUCUUCUAAAUCUGUCCUCUGAGUGAACACUCAUGUUCCCCAAUAGAAAGUUGGGGGUUGGAUCAUCAUGUUGGGUAAAAGGUAAGGGGUAUAACACGGUAGAGUCUAAAGAGAAAGCCACUCUACCUUGGUUAUUUUGUAGAUAGGCAGUGGUUGUAUUACCUGGGUGCCUAGUAGAGUCUCAAGGUAGAGCAUGUGGAGUCAUAAUGGGGCCCAGGAUAAAGGACUUCUGGUCUCCUCCAAAGUGUACAUAGGAAAUGAUAGUCUCUAGAUGAUGGAAUUGGAGUCCUUUUUAGUUUUCUUCCCCCAUGUCUUCAACACAUUACUUUGAAAAUCAGGUGGGGAAAUGGUUUUUAAGAAAUGUUUGGAAGGAGGCAUAGGGUUUGGGAUGUUGCAGGUGGAUAAGAGGAGGACCCUUAAAACACACACAUAAUGUGAUAUGAGAGCUGGGAACUGUAAGGCAGCAAUGUGGAAGGAGUUCUCCAGGUACCAAAACUGGGCCUACAGUGGUGGGAACCAAGAACAACUUCUAAAGAUUGUGAAUUACUCAAGAGCACCUGAGAUCACACUACUACUCAUUUUGGCAGUAUUUUAUGUGAACUGGUAUGUCCAAAUGAAGUGCUGUGAUUCUCAUGGACAGUGAUAUAUUUUACAGGUCAAGGAACAUUUAAAAAAGUAAAGUACAUUUAAAUAAGGCCAUGAUAUUGCCAUUCAUCCCUCAGGAAGCAAUAAGAAGGUUAAGCAGUACUUGUUCAGAACUACCAGCUCAAGGAUAAAUGGUUGCCUGAGUCCAGGAAAAAGUCUUUUGGGGUGACUCACAGGCAGUAUUUUGGACCUGAGGUGAACCUGGAACCAACUAUAGGACAGGCUAGGGAAGGUGUUCCAUAGCAAAGCCUAUACAGCAUCAGUUAGAAAAAUAUGUAGCAGCUUAUUUUCUGUUGGAAUAUUCAGAAAGAAAUCAAGAGCACAGGCAAGAACUUGAUAUCACUGUUAUUUCUAGGGUGCUCUUAUUUUCCAGGAGAGUACACUAUCACUUAAGCUAAGAUGGAUAAGGAUUCUUCUGCUGAAACAACUCUAGUGAAAAUAAUGUGCUAAUCUGAUUGGCAGAAGCAGAAAGGUUCUAUUGCUGGGUGCAGUGGGUAUGAGCCUGUAGUCCCAGCUACUUGGGAGGCUGAGAUGUGAAGAUCACCUGAGCCCCAGGUGUUCAAGGUCAGUCUGGACAAUACAGCGAGACCCUGUUUCAAAUAAAUAAGUAAAAAAAUUUGAAAAAAUUUUAAAUUCUUUUGUAAAAGAAAAUAAAUACUAUCUUUCCGGAAAAGUGGUCCUGAAUGAACCCAAUUCUUUUUCAAUCCUGAAAACAAGAAGGCCCCAGAAGAGUUUACCACUGAAAGAACGUGCAGGAACUUUGUCUGAUAUCUGUCUCUCAGUAGGAUGAUGCCCAGAGAGGAGCUAGCAUGUACUUCUCAGAACCCCUUCUGGUCAAGAUUCCUACUAGUCAGGGUCUUUGGCAUGAAGCUGGAACACUGCUGCCAAGUGGGGUUGAUUCUGCCCCCCAGGGAUAUUUGCUAAUAUCUAGAGAUAUUUUUGUCACCACUAAUGGAAUGUUACUGGCACCUAGAGGAUAAAGGCCAGGGAUGUUGCUAAACAUCAUCUAGCAUGCAAGUCAGGCCCUACAACAGAAUAUUCCAGCCCAAAAUGUCAACACUGCUGAGCUUGAGAAACUCUUGGUUUGGAGGAACCUGUAUUCCAUUAUCUACAAAGUGAAAAAGUCCAGGAUUAUAGCCAAAGCUAUGUUUAGGAAAGUGGUGACAGGAGGCACUCUUUCUUCCUCUCAGAAAAAGAAUGUAUUAUGCUGAAACUCUUUUAUGCCUAAGGUUGAUCUUGAGUGGAUAUUGUAGACUAUAGUUACUGUCACUGAUAUCUGAGUGAUAUACCCAGAUUAAAUACAAACUUAAAAAAGUGAAUACUAUUGUUCAGUCACAUUCCUGUGACUAGGAGAUGAAGCUAAAUAUCAGCUAGCUUUGGAAAACCUGACGAACAUAAGUUUUCCAGCACUAUUUCUGUUCUGGGUAUUUGCCAAUGAGCAAAGUAAAAAUGCUUCUGAAUUUGAUUGAAAGGUUUUAAACAGUCAGAACUCAGAGAUUCUGCUCUUCCCUGAAAACAGAUCAGUGAGAAAUACAAGCUGAUUACAAUCCUGAAUUCAGUACUCACGAGAUGGUCUCUGGGAUUUCAUCUUCCUUUUUGAAGCGACCUGACCAUAUCAGGAUCUUCCUUUCCCAAUCUGUUGGUUUGUGUAAUGGCACUCUGUGGCUGUAUUUGUCUGUGAGAAAAAAAACAGACAAGAAAUCUUACUUGAGAUUAUAACUCCCAGGUUUAUCAUGAGAAAAAAUGCUAUUUGUGCUUUUUUUUGUUAUUCACUAGACAGAAACACUGAGAAACUUCAAGCUAAUUAGAGCUUUGUUUGAAUGAAAUUUCUUAGAAAGCUUUGUUUUUCUUUUUUUGUGGUACUGGGGAUCGAACCCAGAGUCCUCUACCACUAAACACAUUCCCUACACUUUUUUUUGACCCAGGGGCUAAGUCACUUAGCCUGGCCUUGAAUUUGCAAUCCUCCUGCCUCAACCUCCUGAGUCUAUGAGAUCAUAGGCGUGCAUCACCAAAUCCAGCUAGUAUGCUUUAUUUUUCAGAUGAGAUUCCAAAAUUCCCUGAGGACUAAGGUAAAAUAAAAGUAGUAUUUCCCCAUAUAAAUACUAACUACUGAAAAGUAAAAGAAUACCAUGAAUAAAAAAAUGAAGGUAAGGAUGAACUAAGAAGGAAAUAGUAAGAAACUUGUUUGAAUACAGCAGUUUGAGUCUGUAAGGUAAGAUCAGAUUAUAAAACACCUUGACCACCAAGCUAAGGAGAUUAGACCUGGUUUGGGAACUAUGUUUUGUUUGCAACGGGGUCUAACUAUGUUGCCCAGGCUGGUACUGAACUGGGGUCCAGGAAUAUUUAUAGAUAAAUAUCAGUAAAUAUUUAUAGAUAAAUAUCAGUUGGAAUUCUUCAGUUUUUAUAUUAUAUAGAAAUGACAGUGACAAGGGUUUGAGUUAGGAUGUGGAAUGGAUGUGGCUACAGUCAAUACCCAAACUUUUAGUCCUGAUUUUGCUGUAUCUAAAACAUAAUUUGAUUUGGUUCCUUAAAAGAUAAUUUCUAGACUACUAAACAUCUAUAUUCCUACAAAAAACUCCAAUCCAACCCUUGAAGCAAGAAAAGGAGAAAUGGCAAAUGUAGAAAUCAUUGUACAUGUGAGUACAAUAUACAUAUAAUAUGCGAAGCUUAAACUACAAGUUUGGGCAUGAUGUAGGAACCCCUAUGAGUCUAGGUUCUUUAAGUUCCUAGUUGUCCUACUCUUUGGGAGACACCUAUUGCUUAACUAGAAAACAAAUAAAAACUUACUAGAUGGCACUUUGGGAUUUUCCUGUGGUUUAGUGCAAAAUCCAUUUAUUUGCUUCAAAUUAGAGUUUGUGGUAAAUCUUACAGAUGAGGCAGCAUCUUUUUCAUAUAACCUAAAAAAAUUCCCUAGAAAAGAGAGAGAAAUAUUUUCAGAGGAGAAAAUAUGAAGUUUUUUCAAGAUUACAAAUGCUUAUAAGUUGUAUAUUUAAAAUAUUAGCUCUUUUAGAAAAUUAAACUAUACAUAUGUAAGAUACACAACUUAUUUAAGGUGCUAUGAUUGGUGUUGUUUUAAACUAUAAAUGCUUUGCUGAUUAGGAAAUCAGGAGUCUGCAACAUAAAUGUUUUAUGAGCUAUAAAUUUUUACAUAAGACUUCUCACAUGUAUCCUGUUAUAAUUACUCUGGUGGCAACAUAUGUAUUAGAGCAUUCAGGUUGUUUAGGUAAAAGAAUAGCAACCUCCAAGAAGUGGUAAAAGAAGUCAUCUAGUAUAGUCAUAGAUAUAGUUUUACACAUUAAUAUGUAGUUUUAUAUUAACAUAAAAUAUGUAGUUUUUUAAUAAAAUUUUAAGUUCAAAGCUCAUAUAGAAAGUAUUAUCAACUCCUAUGUGUUUAUCACCCAGUUACAAGUAUCAACACCUACCAAUAAAUAUUUUUCACCUAAAUGUAAUCAUUUUCUACCCCCUACUGGAUUAUAUAAAGCAAAUUCCAAACAUCAUAUUACUUCUUCCAUAAACACUUGAGUUGUUCUCCAAACAACUUUCUAAAAUCACAUCCAGAAUACCACUAC